UACAUUUCAACGGUCUCACGUUGGGUCCUGGGGUUGGAAUUGGAGAAGGCGGGGCGGGAGGAACUGAAGAGAAAUGCAGGAGUGCGCUAACUAGGCUGCACGGCUGCUUUUCUGCGGGGAAACUGAGGCAGCCUCCCCCCUCCCGUUUGGGUUUGGUUUUGGUUUCUAGAAGGAUGGUGACAAGCGGACCUUUGAUGGCCUUGCUUUUCCUCCUUCACCACUUGCAAACGGCUUCCUCCCAGGGAGAGGCAGCACGUGGGACGCUGAUUGGAGUUUCGGGAGUCCUGGGUUCUAGUUCCUGUUCUGUGACUGGUUGGUACACAGUGUGUCUUUGAGGAACCAAACUAGCAUCACCCAGUGGGUUCCAGUAUGCAGCCGAUUGAUAACUGUUUCUCCUACCCAAGAACAGUGGGGCAGGACGCUGCCUGGCACUUCCCAGUGGCCCCAGAUGAGCCAGUCCCUAGCAUGUGGUGGAUGGGAACAGAUUCCUGGAAUAGACAUAAGGCUGAGUAGAAAAUAUCACACCACAAACAAGCUUCUUACUACCAAGGGCUCCCCACAGCCUGUCGAGGAAAAGGUUGGUGCCCUCACGAAGAUCAUCGAAGCCAUGGGAUUCACUGGACCUUUGAAAUACAGUAAAUGGAAGAUUAAGAUUGCGGCCCUGCGCAUGUAUACUAGCUGUGUGGAGAAAACUGACUUCGAGGAAUUCUUUCGAAGGUGUCAGAUUCCUGAUACAUUCAAUUCAUGGUUUCUUAUAACCCUACUUCAUGUCUGGAUGUGUCUAGUUCGAAUGAAGCAGGAAGGCCGGAGCGGAAAAUACAUGUGUCAUAUCAUAGUUCAUUUUAUGUGGCAGGAUGUUGAGCAGCGUAGCAAAGUCAUGGGGGUUAAUCCCUAUAUCCUGAAGAAGAACAUGAUCUUCAUGACAGAUAGUUUCUAUGCUGCAGUCUUGGGCUAUGAUGAGGGAAUCCUUUCAGAUGAUCAUGCGUUGGCUGCUGCCCUUUGGAGAAGCUUGUUCAGCCGGAAAUGUGAAGACCCUCGACACCUUGAACUGCUGGUGGAAUACGUGAGGAAACAGAUGCAAUACCUGGACUCUAUGAAUGGAGAGGAUCUGCUUCUGACAGGGGAGGUGAGCUGGCGCCCUCUAGUGGAGAAGAAUCCUCAGAGCAUCCUGAAGCCCCAUUACCCAACUUACAACGACGAGGGUCUUUGAUGGCUUUUCCCUCCAAACAGCUGGCCGACUAGCUUGAGGAACCUCCAGGAGAGAGAUGGCUGUUUUGCCCAGGACUCAGCAGAAAGAAGCCUGAACUGACCUUUGAACAGCAUCUUCAACUACCUGGCCCCAUUUGUAUUCAUUUUCCUCUUAGUGUGCCCAGGAGUCUGAUCUGGUGGGGUAUAGUGCUGAGAGAACCCCUAGCUCUUCUGGGGUGUCCUCUUCCUUGGAGAAACACUAAGCAAGAGCUCUCCAGCACACUCUCCCCACGUUCCGCCCCCCCACGAGCAACUAUGUGUGACUGACAGCUUUUCCCAAAGGCAUGGGAAAGGAUGGGGGUAGGUUAGAAAGGGGACACCCCCACCAAGGGCCCACUGUAGCCUACGAGCAGUUUGUAAUGCUGCUGAGUCAAGACGGGUAACCAUGUUUCUGUGACCUGACUUUGAGCCAUGGGUGAGUUGGCCAUUAAAAGAAAUAGAGACUUA